AUUUAGUCCACCUCUGUCGCUGUGAACGGGUUGCAUAUAUUGAACUAUAAAAUCGAAGAUUAUUUGCAUUGGAUUGGAGCGUUCCUUGACGUUUAAAAUGAAUAUUCUUAAGCCGUUGGACUUCAUUUUAAUUGGCAAAACAGGAAAUGGAAAAAGCGCCACAGGUAAUUCCAUCUUAAGAAAAGAAGAUGUGUUUAAUAGCAAUUAUGGAUCAGCCUCUGUGACAAAAGAACCACAAUACCAAGUGAGUAAGUUUGAAAAUUAUAAGAUACAAGUAGUGGAUGCACCAGGAGUAAUUGAUACAGAUUCAAAGAAAGAUGAGGACAUUAAACUUAUCACAGGAGCCAUGGAGGAGGCUGUGGAAGUUAAUCCUGACGGUUACCACGCUUUUUUAGUUGUUGUAAAAUUUACACAACGAUUUACUCCGGAUGAACAAAAAGCUAUUCAAAUACUAAAAGGUAUACUGGGAGAAGAUUUCCUUAAAAAUUACGGCAUUAUCAUCUUGACCAAAGGGGAUGCUUUCAAACGAGAAGAAAAAAAAGGUUUGACAAUGGAAAAAUAUUGCAAUGAAGAGGAAGGUCCUUUCAAAGAUCUUUUAAAUGAGUGUAGCAACAGAAUUGUUUUGUUCGACAACGUUACGGAAGAUACCGCAGAACAGAACAAGCAAGUUAAAAAUCUAAUUGAAAUGGUGGAGCGUCUCCCUAAUGGCGGAGCUAGAUACUCAAAUGAACUUUUUGAAAAGGCUGCACUUAAACGUAAGCACAUGUAUAUUACCUCAAAGUUACCCAUGAUCCGAAAAGAGACAUUGGAAGCUCAAACUUUAAUUCUAGAUGAAAUAAAAAAUUGCGAUUUUGAACGAGACGAAAAUAGGAAAAUAGAUGCAUUGGUACGUCUUUUGCCACAAAUAGAUGCUAUUAUUAAAGACUUAACAGAAAAAGAUCAGGGCACUGGAGCACUGAAGGAAUUGUUAGAUAACGUGAAGCAGACCAGAACUGACGCGACGAAUAAAAUAAACCACGCUACUCAAAUAAUUGAAGAUGAUAAAAAAAUGAAAGAGCUAGAAGAGAAGAUACAAAGAGAGGCAGAGGAGAUGAUUUUUAAGAAAACACAGGAAAUUGAGAAAGAAACCGCAGAAAUAGAAGUGAGAAUGCAGAAUGAAAUAAAGAUGUUUGAACUUAAAAUUCAGUUGAUGAACAAAGAUAAAGCUGACGAAGAAAAAAAGAAAUUAAAAAAAAAAAUGAAAGAAGAAAAAAAGCGUAUGGAGGAAGAAAAUAAAAAAAAAGAAGAGCAUAUAAGACGCCAAGCAAAGGAAGAAUUUGACAGACAACAUGCAGAAUUAGAAAAACAGAGGGCGGAAAACAAAAAGCUUCAAGAGAAGGAAACCGAAAGACUUAAACGUGAACUAGCUGAAACUCAAGAACGGUAUGAAGUGAUUUUUGAAAAGGCUAAUAGAGGUUUCUUGAGAAGAUUUUGGGAUAAUGUUACGGGUUUGUUUACUUAAAAGGAGAACAGCUUUACAUCCUAUGCAACUCUGUUGGGAACACACAAAUGUGCUUUUUCUCCAUUGUAUUUUUUACAUUUUGAUUUUAUUUUUUUGUUAGUAUAUUUGUAUUUAUUGGCAACAUGUUACUUUUCAAACAAUAGAACAUCCCAUUGAAAUAGAUAAUAUAACUCAUUUUCCGAUCAACAAUUUAGCCUGAUCAAAGGGUAUAAAAUCUCCGUACACUUAUUUAAAUAUGAAAGUCCCUUUACCCACUCCGAUACCAUUGAUAGCAUUACUUUCACCAGAAUGUUUGAAAUUUA